CUUGUGUAGAUAUACCACACAGUGAAAUCAGUUUGUUUUACUCUUCUUCCAAACUUGAUUACCGUAUAUUGUCUGCAACCUCCCCAAAUAUGCAUUGGCAAAUUUCAUUAACUCUAAUAUUUCCAAGGUACAGACCAUAUCUAUUGCUGAGAUCAAAAUUUAAAAUGAUGACUUAACAAAUUAAGCACAGUCUUUUUUCUGUCUCUGCCCUUCUUUCUCUCUCAUUAAGAUUGGAAAGCAAACAUAUAUGGAUCCAGUCACUGGCAAUAUAGUGUUUAUUAAUCUUGCCCAUUUGUAGAGAGGGAAUUACUGUGGCUCUUCCUGCAGACAUUUAUGUCCAUAUGGUCAGGCGAAUGUUAAAGAUCCAUCCAAGAAAAAGUGGUUCAAUUCCUUUUUCUAUAUUUGAUGAUGAAGUAUUUUCCAUCAUACCAUGAACAUAGGGGAAAAUUACUCCCUCCCCUUCGUUCUUCUGCCCUUGUACGUUUUACCUAUUGGCUUUCCUUUGACCUCUCCUGCUCUGUAUCCUGAAUAUUUUUAAAUAGUAUUUUAGAG